AUGGCACCGCUCAGGCGAUAUCUCCGAAUUACAAAACACUCGGUCCUUGAAGUACGCAUUUACCUGGACCGGCCCGCAGAUGCAGAGGCAUGGCUGCUGAAACGAGGUGAUCCUGCCCUUCCACGCGUCAUCCAAGCCAUACGACCCCUCGUUCUCCCAAAACUCCGCGAAGAGAAUGAAAGAGGCAGAGGGAAGGGAAGUGCCAAAGCGAAGAAGAAGGGCGUCAAGGAUGUCGUGGUUGAAGCAUUGGCUGUCGAACAGUUCGAUGGUUCAGCUAACGCUAGGUUAGAUGAUUUCGAAGUUUCAGUAUUCCUGACAGAGCUGUCUUCUCGCCACUCCGUCUUAACGAAGCAAAAGAUCUUCAAGGACAAGGCCCGGAUUCAGAGUAAUUCGGGAAAGCUAACGAAUUGGCUUGCCACAGGCACAAGCGACCAGCCAGUCAUAGUCAAUGGGGAUCCCGCACAAGCGAUUGUGAUCAGAGAAGAGGACGAAGACGACAAAGCAAUAAAUCUUGCUGAUAUCCCCGAAGCUGAUAAGCAGCCCAGACGAUCUAGGCGAUCUGCACGCAGUGGUCGUACCAUGUCAGACACAGUGACUGUAUCGAGCGAAAGCGAUAGCUCGGACAUGUUCUUCGAUGAUCCUCCUGCGGGACGAGGCAAAUCAGGUCAGAGUGCUGGUCAUACAGACCAGGACGUAGACAACGAUACGCCACCAAACGACGAUAAGAAGAAACUCGGACUCAAUACAUCUUAUGACGGAUUUAGUAUAUACGGACGUAUUCUGUGUCUGGUGGUGAAGCGUCGUGGCGUCAAAAGUCGAGCAGGUGGCCCCACUGCGGCCUCACAGUCUAGCCAAAUGAUGGAGGCAUGGGUAUCGACCCAAGCUGUUGCGGAGCAGUUCGACGCAGAUGACGAUUGA